AUGUUACAAUUAAUAGAUAAUGCACGAGAAGGUUUUCUUUGUCCACAAUGUCAUCAAGAUAUGUCAAAUAUGGAAAUGUUACAAUUACAUUUUCAAAAUGUACAUAUGAAACAACCAUUGACAACGGUUAAAGGUUUAUUUUCAUUGGCAAAACAAAAAUUCAAAAGUGUUCAAGAUAAUUUUCAAAAUUCUAAUGAACUAUCAAAAACAUAUGCACAAUACUUUUCAUUUAAUUUAAAUUAUUCUCAUACAAAGAAACAAUCUAUGGGAUAUGCUCGUUCAUAUAAUCAUUAUUUUCAAAGUUUACGAAGAGAUAAACGUAAUCAAAUAUCUAUUCAUACAAGACAACUUUUACUUCGAAUUGAAUUAUUAACUAAUACUAAUGAACAUAUACCACCGAAUGGAAAUAGUAAAGAACGUCGAAAAUAUGAACAAAGUAUUUAUGCAUGGAUGGAAGAUUCUGUUGCAUCAAUUUGUGCAUCAUGUUCGAAAACAUUUGGUUUAUUUCAACGAAAACAUCAUUGUCGUCUCGAUGGAUCGGUGAUUUGUAAUCAAUGUUCAGAAUUUCUUUCAUUUUCUACAGCUCGAUGUUUUAUCGAUACAAAUACAUCAUCUUUUUCAACAACAAAUAAUCUUGCAGUUGAACAAUUAAUUAAUCUAAAAACUAUAACUUCAUCAACAAUUAUUAAUGAUAAACAAAAUGAAGAUUAUCUUCGUAUUUGUAUACCUUGUACAAAAUAUUUAUAUAAUUUUUAUCGUCAAAUAUGUUUUAAAAAUAUUCAAAAAGAUGAAAUAUUUCUUCAUUAUGAAAAAAUUAUUGAAGCACAAAAAGAAUAUAAUCAUUUACAUCCAACAUAUUUAACUAUAAUCAAUUCUCUUUUAAAUGGAGAUACUAAAUAUCAAAUCAUUGAUGCUCAACGUACAUAUCAACAAUUAAAUGUUAGUUAUGGAAAAAUUGAUUCAAUAUCAAAAUAUAUUGUUAAAUUAGCAGAUAAAUCUUCAAAUAUAAAUGAAUAUGAUCCUACAUCAAAAAAUCGUUAUACUACAAUUUGUCAUAAUAUUCGUACAUAUUCAAUACAAAUUUUAAAAAAUUUUUCAAUAUCAACCAGACGUGUACCAAAUGAAGAUGAUAUAAAACAAGUACGUGAUGAAAAAAAACGUUUAGAUCAUGAACGUAUGAAACAAAUUAUUUUCAAUAUUCCAAAUAUUAAUCAUAAUUCAUUAGAAAUAUCAGAAGAAUUAGAACCAUUUAUUCAACAAUAUUAUCAAGUUAUACAAUUUAUUGAACGAGCUAAAUUAGCUGGACAUGAUGAUGAAGUAAGAUCAUUAGAAUUAAAUUUAAAAGAACUUGCACAAGCUAUGAGUACUGUUCAUCAAAAUUGA